AUGGCAGGCCGACAAGCUCACGGAAGGGCGCCCACGGCCAAGCCGUUGGGGAAGCGGGCAGGAAAACUUCAACAGAACCAGCAGAAGAAGGCGAACUCGAAACCCAAGGUUAAGGGUGGCUCGCACGAGCGAGCUAUGAAUGCUUUUGAGAUCGCCUCCGAACAAGUUCGCGGAAGCGAGAAGAAGUCUGUGCGGGAUCGCCUCGUGGACCUUGAAGAUGAAGCAAGACCCAAACAUGGGAGGGAUUUCGAUGAGGAUUCUGAGGACGACGAAGAGGGUCCACAGAGGAAAAGGGCCAAGCCUAGCCGAGCCACCGGAGAGAACUCGGAUAUCGAGGAGGAGAUUGAAAGUGACGAAGCCUUUGGAGAGAGCGAUGAGGAGGCGUUCCAGGGUUAUGCCUUCCGAGGGAGCAACUCCAAUAAACCCAAGGAUGGUGAUGAAUCUGGCGACGACGAUGACGACGACGAAUCUUUGGGUGAGGAUGCCAUCGAUUUGGCCCAGGCGCUCGACAUGGCGGACGAGGAGUCCGAGGAGGAAGAGGGCGAGUCCGGCUCUGACGACUCUGAAGAAUCCGACGACUCAGAGGAGGAGACAGAUUCCGACGACGAUGGUGUGGAGGACAAGGAUGCCCUCAAGGGUUUGGUGGCCAACUUUGCCGGCGUUGACUCAGAUGAGGAUACAGGCAAAUCAACCAAGCCCAAGAUUGGACUCAAGGACUUAGGGCUCUUUGGAGACGAGACCAGGCGCGACCAAAAGCUCGACGUACCGCUGCCAAAACGUCAACAGGAUCGCAUCGACCGUAAAGCUGCAUACGAGAAGACCACGGAAACGCUCGAUAGGUGGACGGAAACCAUCAAGCAGAAUAGGCGGGCGGAGCACCUUGUUUUCCCGCUGCCACAAGAACUUCCCACAGCGGGGUUAAGCAACCAGGAGAUGCAGCCACUCAAGGCAGUCGACGCCAAGUCCGAGCUCGAGAAGGCUAUGUUUUCGCUUCUUGAUCAAAGCGGCUUGAGUCUAACGAAGGAUAAGAAGAACCGUCUGCUCACGGAGGAGGAACAUAUUCAGCUUUCCAAACAGGCGCAAGAAGAGCUGAUUGCGGAGCGGCGAUUAGAGCGAGAGUUGCAGUCUCGCGAGGCGAAGAAGAUGGCGCGGCUCAAGAAGAUCAAAAGCAAGGCCUAUCACAGGAUCCACAGGAAACAGAGAGUUAGGGAGGAAAUGGCGACGAGAGAAGCCAUGGUUGAGGCUGGCGAAAUCGACUCUGAGGGUGAGCGGGAGGAACAGGAUCGCAAGCGUGCCCUCGAGCGAGUGGGCGCAAGGCAUAAGAACAGCAAAUGGGCCAAGUCGGGGUCCAAGGUCAAGAGGGCGGUCUGGGAUGACGACUACAGGGCCGGGCUCGUAGACAUGGCGAGACGAGACGAGGAGCUCCGGAAGCGUGUCGAAGGCCGUGGUGCUGACGACGGUUCCGAUGCCGAGGAGAGCUACGAUUCCGGCAGCGAUUCUGGCGACGACCGAGCGAGGCUCCGGCGAGAACUCGAAAAGGCAGAGAACUCGGACGACGGCGCACCUGAAUCGAAGUUGAUGCAACUCAAGUUCAUGAAGAGAGAGGAGGACCGCUUAAAGCAAGCCAACGAUGAACUUGUUAGGCAGAUCAAGAAGGGUCUCGACUCGGAUGGUGGCGAGGAUGAGGAAGAGGAGGAAGAGACUGAAGUGGGCCGGAGAAAGUUUGGCAUGGGGAACGCUCCGGCCGCUCUUGGUGCCUCCUUGGCCUCGGGCAAGACCAAAAAGAAGCAAAAGGCGAGCGCGGAUAGGGACUUGGACGCCAUGGAUGAAGACGAAGAUGUCAAUGACGAUAACGCUGGCGUCACGAGAGAGAGGAGGUACGUUGUGCCAACCAACGAAAUCGCGGGCGCGUGGUCAACGGCAGAGCCUCGCCCCCGCAGCAGCCAAGGCGAAGAGAAAGCCCAAGCUAGCCAAGGGAAGCCGUCGGUCCAGUUCCUAGAGGACGGCGGCGACGGUAGCGACGCGGAUUCGGAAGAGGGCGACGACUUGGAGCUCCCGCUCGCGAUCCGCGAUCAGGACCUCAUUGCGCGAGCGUUUGCAGGCGAUGAUGUUGUGGCGCAGUUCGAGCAAGAGAAGGAGGAGCUAGCAGAGGAACAGGACGACAAGGUGGUGGAUAACACGCUCCCCGGCUGGGGCAGCUGGGCGGGCGACGGGCUCAACAAGCGGGAGCAGAAGCGCAACAAGGGCAGGUUCCUGACAAAGAUUGAAGGUGUCAAGAAGAAGGACAGGCAGGAUUCCAAGCUUGACAAGGUGAUUAUUAACGAAAAGAAGAUUAAAAAGAACGACAAGUAUCUAGCGACACAACUCCCACACCAGUUCGAGUCCAAGGAUCAGUAUGAGAGUACACUGAGGCUGCCGAUGGGAGCGGACUGGGUGACCAAGGAGACGUUCCAAGGGGCGACAAAGCCCAGAGUUAUUGUUAAGCAGGGCAUCAUUGCGCCCAUGUCACGGCCCAUGAUCUAA